AUGGCUUAUGGCUUGGAUACGGACUCUGUUCUGAAUGCCUUUUAUCGAAUGGUAAACAGAAGAGGUCUGCCUGAGCUGGUAGUAUCUGAUAAUGGUACUAACUUUGUUGGUUCUGUCAAAGAAUCGAAGGAGGUGUUCCUCCUCCUUGAUGAGAGUGCAGUUAGACAUUCACUUGCAAACAAGGGAAUAAAAUGGUGCUUCAAUCCCCCUCAUGCAUCACAUUUCGGAGGGGUGUUUGAAACCAUGAUAAAGGCUGCAAAGCGUGGCAUCUUUGCUAUCCUCAGUGGUGGUGAUGUCACAGAUGAAGAGUUGAUGACAGCUUUCACUGGAGCAGAGGCUCUUAUCAACUCUCGUCCCUUUACUUACCAGUCGGCUCAUCCACAUGACAGUACACCUCUCACGCCAAAUCACUUCUAA